AUGGAGAAGACCAUCACAACAGUCCUCUCUCCAAGAUACAUGACCACAACAUAUCCAGAACCUGAAGAAUAUAAUUACAAUUGGUGUGAAACACAGAGUUAUGCCAUCUGGAUAAUUUCAUGUGUCUGUAUUUGCAUCUCCUUGUGUGGACUUGUGGGGAAUGUGGUGGUUGUGUGGUUCCUGGGCUUCUGCAUGAAGCUGAAUCCCUUCACUGUCUAUGUCCUGAACCUGGCCAUGGCUAACUUCUGUCUGCUCCUGGUCCUUCUUGCAAAAUUUACAUUACACCUUACUCCAUCAGUCUUUUGUAUUGACGAUGCUGAUUUUCACUUUGCAGAUCUUAUUCUGUCAUUUCUGUUCCUGUUUUGCUAUUUGGCUGGCAUGUAUCUGCUGACAGCCAUGAGCGUGGAGCGGUGCCUGGCUGCUUUGUUCCCAGUUUGGUACCGGUGCCACCGCUCAAAGCACUGCUCAGCUGUCAUGUCUGGGGUGCUCUGGGCUCUAGCUGUACUCUUUUUGCUUUUUAUGCCACAUCCUAUUGUUUUCAUGCAUUGUGAAUUUUGCCUGUUCUCUUUCUUCCCAUUGCUUUCCAACCUGGCCCUGUUCAUCAAACUCCGAUGUGGCUCCCAGAGACGACACCCAGGGAAAAUCUAUGUUGCUGUCCUGCUCAGUGUCAUCUUCCUGGUUGUCUUAGGGUUUCCUUUCAGUUUGGAGAUUGUCCUUUUUUUCAAUUAUAGACAUGUAUUUUAUAUUUCUUUUCUGCUGGCCUCACUGAACAGCUCCAUCAAUCCUAUCAUUUACUUCCUGGUGGGGAGCUGCCGGCAGCACCGGUUCCAAUGCUCCCUUAAAGUCGCCUUCCGAAGACUGUUUGAAGAGGGAGCCACAAGUGAGGAGAGGAGCCAGGUGCCUGGGGAUGCUGUGAUGGAGACCAGUGUCAGAGAUUCUGCUGUGUGGAGGGUCUCAAGGUCCAGCAUCAGGCACACACACACCAAGGAGUCCCUCACAUGGUCGGGUGAAACAGGAGAACGGCAGGAGGAGACAAAGAUGGUGAUGUGA